AUGGUAAACUGGAUCAUGACUUGUGUUACAUCAACUAAGUUCUCUAUAUGCUUAAAUGGAACAGUGCAUGGCUAUUUUAGAGGAGGCGGAGGAUUGAGACAAGGGGAUUCAAUUUCCGCAUACUUGUUUACAUUGGUAAUUGAGGCUUUUAAUCUAAUUAUGAGCAAAAAUAUUGAAGAAUCUAAGGAGUAUCAAUUUCAUUUUGGGUGUAAGGAACUAAAAUUGUCACAUAUGUGUUUUGCUGAUGACCUUUUAGCGCUAUGCAAAGAAAGUGUUGAAUAUGUGAAGUGCUUAGGAGUUCCUCUAUUAGCUAAGAGAUUGAGAGUUGGAGACUACAGAGUGCUUAUUGAUAGACUUUUCAAAAGAUUUUUAUGGAAUUCUGGUGAUUCUGCACAAGGAAAAGCAAUAGUAGCAUGGAAUAAUGUGUGCAAACCUAAAAAGCAGGGUGGGUUAGGUUUGAAGGAUAUGAAGAAUUGGAAUGAGGUAUUGUUAGUAAGACAGCUUUGGAAAAUUUUAGAGGAUACAAAUUCUCUCUGGGCUAAGUGGGUAAAUGUGGUCAAAUUAAAAGGGAAAUACAUUUGGACUGUUGAAGCUGAUAAACAAGACAGUUGGGGUUGA